CUACAAAUAUAGUUGCGUUAUACUGGAGACCAGUGGAAAACGUUUAGAUCGUUUCAUUUCCACUUGGGUAUCCGAGUUCAUUGGCAUCGGACGUUCAUUGUUAAACUGUGUUAAGAAAGUUCACAGAUGUUCACAUUUCUGGAAAUUUUUAGUACUUCGUGAGAAUCUGUUCUUAAACACCAAAAUCUGUACGAAGGCCUUUAUUACUAUAGUAUAUUUUUUAAAUUUGAGUCUUGAGGCAGUUAUGAAGAAGCUAUAAAACUGUUCGAGAUUGGGAAAGAUCUUGAAUAAAAUGAAACAUCUUAAAAACCUGUAUCACUUAAGAACACUCUGGACCGAAACACGCAUCUUUUUAUGAAGAAAUAUUUGAAAGCAGGGUUUCUGAUUUCGAAUCAAAUACACUCGAUUCUCGUUAUAACGACGAUCUCGGGACUUCAAAAUCUCGAUAUUACGACGAAAGGAGAGGAUCCUACUUCACGUUCUAUUCAAACGUCAAAUACGUGCUAAAUUUUUCGUAAAGAUAAACAUUCCAAGAUGGCAAGUGUUGAUACUGAUUUGGAGGAGUUGAUGUCUCAUCUGGGGGAAUUUGGAAAAUAUCAAGCAUGGCAAUUUGUCUUACACAUAAUAGCUGGUUUGACAGCAGGACUGCAUAUGAUGACUUUAACAACUGUAGCGGCCGUUCCUGAACACAAGUGCCUGCUACCCAAAUUCGACUUAAACCUUACAGAUUUUCAACAAAAUUAUACUUCUUUUAAUGUGAACGAUAAUUCAUGGAAUGAGUCCCAUUUUCUUCAUAGAGGUCCAAGAGCAUUUGAUGACAAUAGCUGUAUUUACCUUGAUGAUAAAAAUGAAACGAAAACCUGUGAAGCUUGGACAUAUAAUACCACAUACUAUAAAUCUUCACGUGGUAUGGAGUGGAACUUUGUUUGCUCUCGAAAAUGGAUGGGAGCAGUUGCUCAAUCAACAUAUAUGUUUGGUGUGUUUGCCGGAGCUGUUAUUUUGGGAAGCAUGGCUGAUAAAUAUGGUAGAAAAAUAAUUUUCUACGUUUCUUCAGUAGCACAAUUAAUUUUAGGAGUUUUAGUAGCUUUAGUACCUGAGUAUUACACUUUUCUUGUGAUAAGAUUUCUCUACGGUGUUUUUGGAUCAGCGGGAGCUUAUAUUACCGGCUUUGUUCUAACGAUGGAACUAGUUGGUCCUUCAAAGAGAACAAUAUGCGGAAUAAUGUUUCAACUAUGUUUUGCGAGUGGCUUUAUGUUGGUGGCUGUAUGGGGAAGUAUUAUUAAGGACAGAAUGUGGUUGCAAAUAAUCUAUGGUCUACAUAGUGUACUAUUAGUUGGACACUGGUGGUUGAUGGACGAAUCUCCAAGAUGGUUGUGGGCGCAAGGUCGGUUUAAAGAAGCUGUUGCAAUUGUUCAGAAGGGAUUAAAAAUGAAUGGUUGCAAUGAUCAGAGAGAUAUAGCAUCUCUUGUUUCGAAAAGUAGAGCUGAAAGAUUAUCACAAGAGGAUACCUCCUUUGGAGGAAUGGACCUGUUCAAAACACCAAAUCUUAGGAAAAAGACGUUGAACGUCUGUCUGAACUGGUUCGCGAAUUCGAUAGCGUACUAUGGUCUUUCAUUAAAUGCGAAGAAUUUAGACGGUAAUCCAUAUCUGAUGUUGUUCUUCAGUGGACUUGUUGAAAUACCGAGUUACGCUUUCACUACAUGUCUUAUGGAUCGUACUGGGAGAAGAUCACUUUUGAGUACAUUUAUGCUUGUUGGAGGAUUGUGCUGCAUCAGUGCCACACAGAUACCAGAGGACGAAAAGGGAGCAAUUACUGUUAUUAGUUUAUUAGGUAAAUCAUGCAUAGCUGGAUCGUUUGCAAUAAUUUACAAUUACACAGCUGAGUUGUUCCCGACUGUUGUGAGAAAUACGGCACUUGGAAUUGGAUCCAUGUGUGCUCGUUUAAGUGGUGCUUUAACUCCAUUGAUAAUGUUGCUGGAUUCCUUCAAUCCCAAAGUACCACCUAUUGUAUUUGGAUUCAUAGCAAUUGUUUCGGGAUUUUUGGCUCUCUAUCUACCUGAAACGGUUAAUCAACCCAUGCCGGAAACUUUGGAAGAUGGUGAAAACUUCGGACUUGGGGACACUUGUUUUUCUAGUUGCUCAGGGAGAAAGAGAAAUACGGCGUACGGAAUUGCCAUGCAUAAAGUGAACGACAUCGAUAAAGAUGAGUCUAGGGUGCCAAAGUCUGUUGAUGCAUAGAAUCAACGUGCUUUUUAAAACAAUAUCAAAUUACAUUAGAAAUUUGUUCAAAUAAAUAUUUUUGUUAUUUUUCAUUAGUUAAUUUUUUACCUGCGAUGUAAAUGAACAAUGAUAAAUUUAUUUAUAAGUCGAAAGAACUCAAUAACUUUUGCAAUAAAUUUAAAAAAUAAAAUUUAAGAAAAACUCCGAGUAAUAGCUUUGUUAUAUCCUAUUAAUGAUAUAAUCUCCAAACCUUAUACCUUA